AUGGGUCAGAAACGAAAGGCUUCUGCGGGCAGCUCGCCGCAUCCGAAGAGGAUACAGAAAGAGACUGUGCUGGACCACAAUGAUCCGAUCUAUGAAGAAGCGCACUCCGAUCCAGAGUAUUUGUCUGAAAAUGACAACGAAAGCUUUGCCAGCGAUAUCCCACUUGAAACCCCAGCGACACCAAUCUCCGUGACGUCGAGCAGAUAUCCAUCAGAACUUAAAACCCACCUUUGUCCCUACGAGGACUGUACGAAGGCGUUCAAUCGACCGGCACGUCUACAUGAGCAUCUGCGGUCGCAUAAUAAUGAGCGACUCUUUACCUGCACACAAGAUGGCUGCGACAAGACCUUUCUCCGAGCAUCGCAUCUCAAUCAUCACACCAAAAGCGCCCACACCGGUGUUCGAGACUACGUUUGCGAUCGACCGGGCUGUGCGAAGAGCUUCGUGACAGGCUCACGACUCCGGAGGCAUCUGGCAGCACAUGACGGAAGAGACAAGUACCGGUGCACGGAGUACCCGCCUUGCAGUGAGACGUUCCGGAAGCACACGACGCUCCAGAAACAUAUCAUGACGGCGCAUUUGAAACAGAAACCUUUUCCAUGUCCGCAUGUUGAUGCAGCGACGGGGCAGAAAUGUCCAAUGGCGUUUGAGACGGCUGGACAUCUUCGUGCUCACGAGAGCAGACUUCAUACAGAGAAACGGUUCACCUGCACGGAAUGUUCUCAGCGAAUGGACACCGAUAACAACGAAAACGAUUCCGCUGUUACAUUUCCUACAUACGCACUGCUACAAGCACAUAUUCGCACCGCUCAUCCACCACAAUGUCCAAACUGUCUCGUCACCUGCUCUACAUCGCGAGAACUGCGCCGCCAUUUGGAAGUCGCCCACGGCGACGUUAGCGUCGAGGAAAGAAAAGUCUUCUCAUGCACCGUACCCGGAUGCGACCGCAGCUUCACCAAGAAAGGAAACCUAACCGUGCACAUCCGAACCGUGCACGAGGGCGAGAAACGCUUCGCCUGCGGCGAGACUGACCUCUCUACUUCCAAGAAAGUCGCCGGCUGGGACGGUUAUGGCUGCGGAAAGCGAUACGGCACGAAACUCGCACUGGAAGAGCACAUACGUACCGCGCAUCUGGGCUUCCCGAACGCCAAAGCAUUACGCCGGCAGCGAUUGGGCCAAGGGCAAAACAACAAUAGCGACACCACGACCAACACCCCAUCAACCCUGGCCGCGCUUACGGGUGCAGGAUACGCAGAGGAAACAGGACGACACAUCACCUGCUUUAUCGACUCGUGCGCGCACAGAUUCCAUCGCGAUUACGAUCUCUGGGUACACAUGGGCGGUAAACACGGUUGCUCUGAAGACGAGAUCCGAGACCUCUUCCUGCGACGGGCAUUAUUAUUAUCCGCAAAUGAAGACGGACAGCAACAAGAGCAGCAACAGCAGCCCAGCGGCGAGGUUUUCGGAAUCUACGGAUACGAGUUCAACCCCGAUCCUUACGAGUCGUACCCUGCCGAAGCGAUGCACGCAACACAAGAUGCAAAAGAAGAGAUACCCCCUGAUAACGAUAUGGCGCUUAUUGAUCCCGUUUUGGCGUACAACUUGAUGAAUUGA